AUGAUGCUCAACUCUUUACCCAACGUCUACGCCCUAGGGCUUGCAGCAAUAUUUCUUGCCGCCGUCUACAUCUACAGAGACGUGCGAUGGCGCCGGUUUUCUCAACACGCUGAUCUACCGCAGCUCAAGCCUUCGUUGGUUUGGGGUCACCUGAAAACCCUUGGUGAGAGGCUCAGCAAAAAACCAGCUGGAAUACACCAUGAUUACGUCUUUGAAGAAAUCAUGCAGGAGCUGGGUAACCCGCCCAUGUUCAACUUUGACAUGAGGCCAAUUUCCCGACCCAUGGUUGUGAUCACCAGCCAUGAACUUGCUGAGCAGGCUAGUCGCGCGUCAAAGACUUUCCCGUGGUCGACAAACAAGUCGCCCACUUUGUAUGAGAUUUCCCCGCUCAUCGGUGAAAGCUCGUUGCUGGCCAAGGAGGGCGAGGAGUGGAAGGCUCUCAGGCGGAGAUUCAACCCAGGCUUUGCGCCCAAGCAUCUCCUCAGCCUGCUCCCUUGCAUCUUGGACAAGACACAGUACUUUAUCGACCACCUCGACCGGCUAGCGAGGUCGGGAGACGAGUUUCUGUUCAACGAGCUUACCACCAACCUUACCUUUGACAUCAUCGGCGCCGUUGUUCUCGACGUCGACCUCGAUGCCCAGAGGGGUAAGAGCGAGCUGGUCAACGCCUUCCAGGCCAUGAGCAAGACCUUCCUGAAUCCUUCACCCCCUGGCUUUGCCAAAUUCUUCCUGCGCCAAAGGUAUAUUCGCUGGGGCCUCCGCCGCCGCAUGGAAACUGUUCUCAGGCGAUACAUUAUAGAAUGCCACGAAAAGCAGAACCAGGCCCAUGGCAGCAUCGGCCGAUCACGCAGUGUUCUGUCGCUCAGCCUCGAGGGCUUGGAUACUCUAGACGAAUCUCUGAUUGCCAUGAUAGGCGACCAGAUGAAGACGUUCUUGUUCGCCGGCCACGACACCACCAGCAUAGCGCUUCAGUGGGCCAUGUACGAGCUCGCGCGCACGCCGCGGGCCCUUGCAGCCAUCCGAGCCGAGCUAGACGAAAUCUUUGGGCCAGACACGGAUCCCGCCACCGUGAGGGACCAGCUCCUUGGCCCCUCCCGCGAGGAGCUUUAUGCCCGGUUGCACUACACCUCGGCUGUCAUGAAGGAGACGCUUCGUCUGUACCCGCCUGCCGCAACUGGUAGAUUUGCCCCCAAGGGCAGCAACUUCCGCUUCACGAUGCCUAACGGCCAGGGCAUGUCCCCUCUCAUGGACGGCAAGAUCCUGUAUAUUUGCCACUACCUGAUACAACGCGACCCGGCAGUUUACGGUGACACGGCCAACGUCUUUGAGCCGGAACGAUGGCUCGGAAACACGGAUACGUCAAUGGCGAGUGGUGGAGAUCUGAACGAAGCCGCUGCCGGCCUGAUGGGUGAAAAGCACGCCAUCCCGGCCUCUGCCUGGAGGCCAUUCGAGCGUGGUCAGAGGAAUUGUAUAGGACAGGAGCUCGCCAACAUCGAGAUGAGGGUCAUCCUUGCUUGCAUCGUGCGCAGGUUCGACUUUGAAAAGGUUGGUUUGGGCGAGCUUUUGAGGGAUGAGAAGGGCAACUAUGUGAUGGAUGCAUACGGGCAAUAUAAGCCUGUUAACAGGCUCUACAACGCAACCAAAAUCACCGCACAGCCUGCGGACGGGUGUAGAAUGAGAGUAAGGCUGAGUGAUAAGGCUCAAGCUGCUAGCAAAGCUUGA